CCCGCCCGCGCGCCUCCGCCGCCGCCGCCGCCAUGGGCAAGAGCCGCGGCGGGGCCGGCAAGUCCGGCAGCGUGUUCCGCAUCGCCCGCAGCGGCGUCCUCAAGGCCAAGGCCAAAGGCAAGGCGCGGCCCGUCACCUCCGGGCUGAAGCAGGACUGGAUCUGCGGUCGUCCUUGUAACCCUUAUGCCCGCGCGCCGGAAGAAGAUGAAAUGCCCUGGCGACACCCAGGACUCCUAGAACCAAAGAACAACGACCAGCCAUCAGACGGCCCAGCAGCACCCGAGGGCCCGGUAUGGGCGAAGGUGAAACGGCAACAAUACCUAUGUAUUAUUCUGUUGUUAGGGUUUGUCGGCACAACUGAUGCUGAGCAUUACCCUCAUCAGCCGUUCAAGUGGGUCCUGCAUCACCUCUCAGGCGAUAAAGCAAUCCAAGAAGCUGUAGUGCUAGGCAGCCCGUCAUUUAAAUUCAAGCUAAGGGACAUAUUCCCUUCACAGAUGGGGUUUCCCAAUUUCGGGGAGUCAUCAUUGUAUCAGACCUAUUGGUGCCCCGCCUCUAACCCAGGCAAAAGCUAUUGUAAUUACCCAGGGUACGGGUACUGUGGAUACUGGGGGUGCGAAACCAUUGUAACAAGUGACAGAUGGCAGCCACAGCAGCCUGACAUGUUUCUACAAGUUAACUAUGCUCCUAGCGGCUGCCGUGAACCUAAAUUCGCGAUGGAUGGGCUGAUAUACACACCCCGAGAUGGAAAAAGACACACCUGCACCAGCUAUAAUAUGACUAUCCUGCAACCAAUGCACAAAAGUUGGGCUACUGGUAAAGUUUGGUCAGUGUUCGUCCGCGCCUUUCGCGACCACUGGGUGAACAUCCAAAUCAUUAGACUCCCACAGGUGACGCCCAUCUCUCUUGGACCUAACCCAAUCCUUGCAGAAAACAGGGCCGGAAAAAGAACCACAGUUACCGUUAAACCCACACAUGGGACACACACACCUAACUCCACCUCUAUACCACUCAUCCUUUCAAUGCCCAAACCGGCUUCUUAUGAUCCAUUUUUUAACAUGCUAAAUGCUACCUUUUUUUCCCUGAACCAAUCAAAUCCGGAUCUCACUGAGUCAUGCUGGCUGUGUUAUGACGCAAAACCCCCCUUUUAUGAGGGCGUUGCCUUGAAUGUCUCUUUCAACUACUCAACAUUACAAGAUCCACCCCAGUGUAGAUGGGAUACUCCCCGAAGAGGGAUCACUUUAAAUCAGAUUACGGGUCGAGGCAAGUGUUUAGGUAACGCGACUGUAGCUAGACAAAAAGGCAUCGUUUGUGAUGAGUUCACACAGCCCCAAAGUUCGGACAAAUGGGCGAUCCCAUCUGGGCCAGGGAUGUGGGUAUGCCAGCAAUCUGGGGUCAGUCCCUGUGUGUACCUUGAUCAUUUUAAUUUUUCCGUUGACUUUUGUGUCCAAGUUCUUAUUGUCCCUAGGGUUCUAUAUCAUCGAGAGGAAGAAAUGUAUCUCCUGUCCGACGAGCCUCACCAGCUCCACAAAAGGGAAGUAGUGACAAGUACUACCUUUGCAGAGCUCCUUGGCUUGGGAGCUUCCGGCACAGGUACAGGCGUUUCAGCCCUUACAACCCAACAUCAAGGGCUUUCCCAGCUGCAGGCAACCGUCGACGAGGACUUGCAAAAAAUUGAGGAAUCCAUCUCCCUUUUAGAAAAAUCCCUCUCCUCUCCUUCAGAGGUCAUCUUGCAGAACAGACAAGGCUUGGACCUCUUGCUCAUGCAACAGGAAGGUUUGUGUGUGGCCCUGAAAGAGGAAUGCUGUUUUUACGCGGACCAUACGGGAGUCGUACGGGACUCAAUGGCCGAACUGAGAGAAAGACUGGCCUCAAGGAAGAAAGAGAGGGAAAGUCAACAGGGGUGGUUUGAGUCAUUGUUCAGCCAAUCCCCGUGGCUAACCACCCUUAUCUCCACUCUCAUAGGCCCUUGUAUUAUGAUACUUUUGGCGUUAAUCUUCGGACCCUGUAUUUUAAACAAGUUAGUGUCGUUUGUUAGAAAUCAUUUGGACUCAAUUAACAUCAUGCUAGUUGAACGCCGACAAGUGCUUUAGGCAAGGCUUUUUGAACAGUGACAUUAAAGUUUAAUAGCUUAGGUUUUAGUAGCUUAAUAACUUACAGUUUAAUAGUGUUAGAUUAACAGUAUUUGCUUUACAGAUGUUACUGCGUUUUGUUAAGCAUAGAGAAAGGGGGGAAGUGUGGGAAGAUAGGGACAGGCGGUCGGAAGAUUACGUGCUGUACGGAAAGAUAGGAUCCCCCCCCCCCCAACUUUUUGUUACGCAAGCAGACAGAAGUGAUGUAACCCCAGACUAUAUAAUGCUGCGCAACUUUGAAAUAAACGCCAUUUUACCGUCCACCA